AUGGAACCAAUAACAACCGCCUCGGUCCAAACAAUUCCUCUAGCCUAUGCGUCCUGUUCAAUCGGCAGCUCCAGUGACACUCUGCCCCGCAAGCUCGAAGCAAUUAGCAAAGCUGGUUUCACUGCGAUUGAGCUUUCAUUCCCUGAUAUUGUGAAAUAUGCAGAACAUCUCAAGAGCCAACCAAUUCCAUCAGAUAAUUUUUCCGAACUCGUCAAUGUUGCCAACGAGAUACGAGAUCUCUGCGAGGCCAACUCAUUGACCAUCAUGAUGCUGCAGCCGUUCGCGAAUUUCGAGGGCUGGCCGAGAGGGUCAACGGAGAGAGAAGAUGCUUUUGCAAGAGCGAGGGGCUGGAUCGAGAUCAUGAAGGUUCUCGGGACAGAUAUGCUGCAGGUUGGAGCUACGGAUACACCACUUGACAAGAUAUCAACUACUCGUGAAGCAGUCGUUUCCGACCUCCGUGAACUAGCCGACAUGCUAGCACAACACAAUUUCCGUCUAGCCUACGAGAACUGGUGUUGGUCAACCCAUGCACCAGGCUGGAAAGAUGUGUGGGAAAUUGUAUCAGCCGUCGACCGUCCAAACAUCGGGCUGUGUCUAGACACAUUCCAGACAGCGGGUAGUGAAUGGGCAGAUCCGACGACGGAAUCUGGUGUCAUUGAAGAGGUACCGUAUGGUGCUUUACGAAAAAACUUCGCCGCUAGUAUGGAUGAGCUUGCUCGCACCGUUCCGCCCGAGAAAAUAUAUCUGCUACAAAUCUCGGAUGCGUAUAAGGUUUCUCCGCCGCUGACAAGUGAGCCUGUUGAGGGGCUUCGACCACGCGGUCACUGGAGUCAUGAUUACAGGCCUAUGCCGUAUGAUGGCGGUUACUUGCCGAUUGAGGAUGUGGCAAAGGCGGUGCUGAAAACCGGAUUUCGGGGGUGGUUCUCAAUGGAAAUCUUUGAUGGGGGACCGGAUGGGUCGGGAAAGAAGUAUGAGAUCGAAGGUUAUGCGAAGAAGGCGAUGGAGAGCAUGCAGAAGUUAUUGCUCAAUUGUACAGAUGAGUGA